AUGGUGACAGUUUUUACGUUAAGUGAAUAUGGCGCCAUCAAGCGGCGGCCGCGGAUACUUUUACAUUAUACAUCUCGAUCUUCAGUGCACGGAGACUUAGCUUUUGAUAAUUUUAACUACUCGGCCGAGCCGGGGGAGACUAUAGCCACAACCAAAGAAGAGGAAUGGGUAACUCGUAAAACGAGCGAGGUGACAACCACGCGGCAGAUUGCUACCCGCGUGAAGCGCGAGCUGGUGCUAGAGGAUGGGCGCAUUCUCAGCGACUCCGGGCCAAAGAUAUCUACCUCUGUCAAUGAAGACACACAUACAACUAAUUUUCAACAAACUGAGCAUAGAGUGCCCGAAGAUCAACGUGCAGAAGAUAAUGCUGAGUUGACUCAAGAAAAUGAUGGAAAAUCCUUUGAAGCAUUGGAGGAUGCACCUGACGGUACAAUUACACCGGCCGGCGCCAAAGUACUUGUAUCGUCUUGCGUGGUCGCAAACCCAGAUGGUAAAGUGCGCGAGAGCUUCGACCGACGCGUCCUCACUAGAAACAUUACCGACCGCGUACGAGAAACCGAGGAAAGAAUACAUCGAGGAGACACUACGCAUGAUGCACUAAUAGCAGCAGUAAAUGAGACGAGUGAAGAUGAUAUUCGUGAUGCUUUGAAGGCGCAGACGGAGCAGCAGCUCGCGUUGGUACCUCGAGGACCUACCCUCGUAAAAGAUACCGUUGCUUAUAACACUACUAUUACCACUGAUGAUACGGAGGAGCUGCGAGCACUGCGUCCUGAUGGGACGAUUGUGACGGAGACGCGUCAUACGAAAGAACAAGAACGACUUUGCGACGAGGAACUGUCCAAAGAGGAGGCAAAAUCUCUGGCAAGUAACGAAAGUUUGGUAGAAGAAACAGGAGGCACAGAGCGGCGCAAGCGAGUGGACCUCGAGCACUCAACAGACCAUAUGGCGGGUGGACUGCGUGUGGCGACACAAGUGCACUCGCGGACACGCACGGAAGAAGUUGAGAGGGAAGGGCAACCAAAUAUGGAGGACGAUUGGGAAAGUCUAUCGGUGAGAAUGCGACGCCAACGCCGUUUACGCCAAAGUGAUCACGAAAAAGAUUACGCGAAGCGACCUAUCAACUUUGACAUUGAAGAAGAAACACGUAAGAAAGAAACGUCGAAGUGGUUAGAAAGUCACUUUGGCAACGAGUCCCGUUCAUCGCAUGACUCAAUCGCUGAGGAAAUUGUGCGGAGACCAGAAGCAGGAUAUUAUGUAAAAACCAAACCGGAAGACGAAGGUUACUACGGGAAGACGACUUCAUCUGUGCCGCCACCGCCUGUCUAUGGAGAUAGAGUGCUUCGCAAAACAAAAUCAUCGACUCCGUCAGACGAACGGCCAGUUGUAUCGGGAAAUAGGACUGGAGGAUACUUCAAAGGAGUGGCAGAUUGGUCUCAACGCCGCGCUAGUAAGCCUAGAAUGCCGGAGCCGCGAAGCUCGUCUCCAUCUCCGCCGGCUGUACGAUCUCCAUAUGCUAGUAACGACCGCUUGAACGACUCACCCAGGCAUGUUUACAACAAACGCGAUUCGCCUCAAGGAAGAUCGUCCCCGAUCGGGCGGCGCCAUCCACCUUCGCGCGACGAUUCCGCCUACGUAUCAUCAUCAACUAUGCAUAGCCCACCACGUGGAUCACCUUUUCGUCCUUUGGAAACAGAUCGCUCGUUCCGUGAACCCUCCAUUGAAGAUGAUUAUCGCCCACCUAUAGCUCCCGAGCGAAAGCGGCAUUCAAAACAACGCCUUUCUGAAGAUCAUCGUUACGAUAGUGGGUACAGAAGUUCUUCUCGAAAUGAUAAUUCAGGGAGAUCGAGAGAUAGUCGUGAAGAGGGUGCAACGGAGCCGCCACCUGAUUAUUCCCCACCGCGAGAUCGUAGAGGCAGUUCAGACAGAGAUAGAACCCCUCCACGACGACGAGAUAAAGACGAGCGAAAACAGAAUCAAAAGACAAGAUUCGCUGAGGGUCCGCCUAGAAAAUCUGUAGGGUCAGCUAUAGGGAAUUCAAUAAGGAAGUUAGUGGGGAAGAUUCGUUCGGCAUCAGCCGAGCGACGUUCGCGGUGGCGUAAUUCUCGUACACCGUCGCCGGAGCAUACGCGCACGUACAAACAGUACGGAGGGGAUCUAGCGCCCCCCGUCGCUCCCCCGCACCGUUACUAUCUUGGUGAGGACCCCUUCGCGCCCAGCAUCUACGGCCGAGAACACAAGUACGAGGGCAGUGCGAGACGAGCCGUAACUGCUGAUAGCCGCGACCAACGAGAAAGGGGCCAGUAUUCGAGUACUCUCGGUAGAUACAGCCACUCUACGAGUCGGUUAAAUCCGAAUAGUGAAGCUGAAGAGGACUACACGCGAAGUGCUCAGACGUUGCCGCGAAAACUUCACGACCGUAAAGAAAAAGCAACAGAGAAGCCUAGCUCCAGUAAAUACUGGCAACGGCUUACUUCUAACAAACGUUCUACUAGUGCCAUUAAUAUACCCAACAACGUAUCUUCGUCGCCAGAUAGAAAAAUAAACGGGUAUCCGCCGGGCCCAGCGAAGCCCGCGCGGACCUACAAAGGUCUUAAUAGAAGCAAGAGUUUUGCUAUGGGAGCACCAGAACAGACGCACCCAAGAUACGUCACAGGAAUGAGCAGAAAUUAUUCUACUAUGUACAAAUCAAAUCCUCACUUAAGUCGGCUCGAUGAAACUCCCGAACAGCUGAAAAGUCCUGGUAUUGUGUCGAUAAUAAAUAGAAGCCAACGAGAUCUAGCUGAUGCGGUUUCUCGGGAAACUGAGCGCAGACGUGACGGAUUAUUUGGCGCUAGAUACGGUCUUCGUGAGAGAGCUCCUGAACUGUACCAAACUUUACACGACGACGAGUCCGACGGUAGUAGAUUAUCUUCACGAUACGGCACCCCGUCGCCUCAUUACAAAGAGCGGAUAUCGGAGGAGCGUAAAAUACCAUUGUACAAAACUGAAUCACUGAACAGGGAAACGAGUCCUUUUGUGUCACGUUUAGAAACUCGAUUAAAAUCGCCAGUGAACCGGCGGGAGAGUAAUAGCAGUGAUAAUUACUCUGAAACUUACCGAUAUACGACGCGUUCGGGUGACCCCGAGCGGCCUAGCGUAACAGAUACAGUUGAAACUGUUAGUAAAAAGGUGAUCCCAUCCAGAGAUGGGCGGUCGAAGGAGAUAAUCGAGUCCAGGGAAGUUAACACAGUGACUAAGAGCAGGGGAUAUAAAGAACCUAUUGGUAAUGUUAAAUACUACGAGAACGGUAUUCGUAACACUAACGGGUAUGAAACGAGGAACGGUAGUGUUCCGCUUUAUACGGAACGGAAGAGAAGUAAUUACAAGGUUUCUGAGAAAGUAAGGGAUUAU